AUGUCAUCAACGACAGAGCCCCCAAGGAGGGUAUCAUACAGCCUCUGCCAUGAAGUCUCCAAAAUGUGCCCCGUCGAGGCCACGGUCCUAGGCUACUAUCCAAACUUUGGCGUCAGCAUCUUCUUCGCAGUUGCCUUUGGCCUCGCCAUGAUCGCGGCCGGCGGCCUGGGAGUCUCCAAGAAAACCUGGACCUACGGUUUUGCCACGACAGCCGGUCUUUUGCUCGAGGCGGCCGGCCACAUUGGUCGAGCCCUCCUCCACAAGAACCCCUGGAACAAGGACGCCUUCCAGCUCCAGAUCUGCGCCAUCAUCAUCGCCCCGACCCUCAUCUGCGUCGCCAUCUACGUCACCCUCAAGCACAUCGCCCUCGCCCUCAACCCGUCCCUGUCGCGGAUAAAGCCCCGCCUCUACCCGCUCAUCUUCCUCCCCGCCGACCUCUCCUGCCUGGUCCUGCAGGCCAUCGGCGGCGGGCUCGCGGCCUCGGGGAACAACAAGAAGCUCAUCGACGGCGGGAACAACACCAUCCUCGCGGGCAUCGUCCUGCAGGUCGUCGUCCUCGCCGCCUUCGGCGUCAUGGGCGUCGACUACUGGAUCCGUGUGAAGAAGUACAUGACCUCGCCCGAGGCCGACGCGCGGUCUCUCGCGACAUGGAGGGACAAGAAGUUCCGCAGCUUUGCGUAUGCGGUGACGGGGGCCUAUGCUUCCAUCUUCAUCCGAUGUAUUUACCGAAUCGCUGAGAUGGCGGGUGGAUGGGGAAACCACAUCAUGCAGGACGAGCCCAGCUUCUUGGUCCUGGACUCUGCGCUUAUAUUGGUCGCGACGUACCUCCUGACAAUCUUCCACCCAGGACUCUUCUUCCCGCAGAUGUGCAGCGGGUACUAUAAGAAGCACCAGGAGGAGGUCCCCGUGGGUGAGAGCAAGGACAACGCCGCUGAAGCUAGCGAAUCGCCCUCUUCUCAUGCGUAA